UUUAACAAAAGAAACCUGCCUUAGGGGCAGGCGACAGCCGGGAGUUCUGCCUCAUCCGUGCCAGCCCCUGCUCAGCCAGGCAGGCAGGUUCCAUGUGCAGCUGCAGCACCCAGCACAGCCUCGCAGGCAGCAGGUGUAAAGUAUCUGGAAGAAUUGAUUCUGUGUUAUCAGCUCAGUUUGAGAAGGAGUGUUCUUAUUGGAGGAAAGUGCUGAGAUGCUGUCACAGUCAAACUGCUGUCUUUUUUGAGACUACCUCUAAGAGGACAUGAUGAGUCAUCACUGUCAAAUCAAAAAGGUAGUUUUUUAACCUGCCUUGAAUAUCUUAGUGGAUUUGACAAUUUUCUAAAUGAACAUUUGAAAAAUUAUCAGUAUUGUGGCUCGGGGAAGACCAACUUUUUAACACACCAAACCUACAAUGAAUUCAUCACUAUAAUGGCAGAGCAGCUCAGAAACCUAUUCACUGAUGAAGUAAAGGAUGCCAACUACUAUUCCAUAAUAGUCGAUUCAACACCUGAUGUGAGUCAUGAAGCCCAAUUAACAUUAAUUUUAAGAUAUGUGACUGGCAAUGGUGAAGUUGUAGAGCAAUUUCUUUGUUUUGUCCCGCUAAAAUCCCACACUUCUAAAUGGCUGGAGACAACUGUUUUGGAAAUCAUUGCAAAUUUAGGUUUGGACAUCAAAAAUUGUCGUGGGCAGAGCUUUGAUAAUGCCGCAAAUAUGGCAGAAAAAUAUUCAGGUCUACAGGCAAGACUGAACAAUGCAAAUCCCUGUGCUUUAUUCAUACCAUGUUCCAGUCAUUCCUUGAAUUUAAUCUACAAUGCUGCAGCCAAAUCUUGUGAGGGAGCUAUGAAUUUUUUUGACUUUGUUCAAAACAUGUAUGCCUUUUUUUCAGUUUCCACACAUCGGUGGAGUAUGCUACAAUCACACUUGGAGCAGGCAAAUGGAAAACAUUUGACAGUCAAAAGAAUUUGUGACACCAUGUGGUCUGCUCAUGAAGAUGGUGUUUUGGCUUUGAAAAUGAGCUAUGAUGUUAUAAAGAAAACCUUAUUAGCCAUAGCCACAUCAAAUUCUGAAAAAACACAUGCGAAAACUGAAGCAAAAGCCUUAGCAGAAAAGUUUUGUGGAACUGUUUACUUCAAAGAACUAAUAAUGCAGUCAGCCAAUCGCUGCAAAAAGUUGAUACAAAUUUAUUGAAUGCUGCACAAUUGUUAGCCUCAGUUACAAGUUUUGUCAUGGAAGUUCGAAAUGACUAUAGCUCGGUGAAAGCAGUGGCACUAACAUUAACAGUAAAUAUAGGUUCCUCUGAUUUCUCUGAUGAGAAGCGUAAAAAAAACAGGAAGUUAUUUUUCGAUGAAACUAGAGACAAUGAAAUCAAUUUAAAAGGUAAAGAGACUGUUAUUUGUGACACAAUAAUAGUGCAAUUGCAGAGUAGAGGUGAAUCUCUAAAGAAAACUGUUGAUUUGCAUGUUUUUUCACAGAAGUAUGGACAAAAAUGCUAUAAGUCACUACAGUAAGAAAUUAAGUGAAUUCUACUGAGAGGACACAGACACAAAUCUUUUUGAAGAUGAAGUGAAACAUUUCAUUCAUUUUAUCUAAACCGUUAAGGCCUGUGCUUCGAGAUCACCAGUUGACUUGUAUAGACUUGUACUUGAGGGUUUGCAGGCAACCUUUCCAAAUGUAGAAGCCAUUCUGAAAAUAUU